UAUUGUCCCAUCUGCUUCCAGAGGGAUCCCCCUAUACAGCAAAGCCUGUAGCUGUCCCAUCACAAUGUUAUCAGCUCACCAUCGCCUGGGGACCAAAGCCCACACUCCGGAGCACCUCCGGAGCACCGUGGCUUUCUUGCGCACAUCCCAGGAGGACAGAUCGGCAGAGUCCGGCGCCAGUGUGGAUGACUCGGCGUCCCCCUCGGUGGCCCAGCUGGCUGGGCGGUUCAGGGAGCAGGCUGCCGCUGCAAAGGAGACACCAGCCUGUAAACCGACAAGAAGGAAACCGCCCUGCUCCCUCCCUCUGUUCCCCCCCAAGGUAGAGCUGGGCCAGAACGGUGAGGAGAAAUCGUCGCCCAAUGCAAGCCAUCCUCCUAAAAUCAAGGUGAAGAGCUCGCCUCUGAUUGAGAAGCUUCAGGCCAAUUUAGCUUUCGAUCCAGCAGCCCUGCUACCUGGGGCCUCACCCAAGAGUCCUGGACUUAAGGCUGCGGCGUCACCAUUCCAGAGCCCACCUUCCACCCCCAGCAGCCCUGGCGUGCGGUCUCAGGAGCCAGAGGAGGUGCCAGUUAGCUUUGACCAGCCUCCUGAAGGGAGCCAUCUGCCCUGUUACAAUAAGGUGCGGACGAAGGGCUCGAUAAAAAGGCGCCCUCCCUCCAGACGAUUCCGAAGGUCUCAGUCGGACUGUGGGGACCUGGGAGAUUUCAGGGCCCCCGAGUCAUCCCAGGAGAAUGGUGCCAAGGAAGAGAAUGGGAAUGAGGUGUUCCCAUCCAAGAGCAAGGCCCUGGCUUCCCCUCCCCCCGGCGAGGGGCCGGUCGGGGAGGAAGUGGGGGGGCAGCUGGGGUCUCAAGAGAAGCCUCCUCUGAGGAGGACGUCCAGCAGGACGGAGAAGCAGGAGGAGAAGGGCAGGGCCGUGGAUGAAGCCCAGCACCCCCACAAGGCUGUGGGGGGCUCUGAAGAGGAGGCCAGCCCACAUCCAGCCCCGGGGGAGGCUGUCCAACCAGCCCAAGCCUCCAACCCAGAGGCAGCAAACGGAGGUAGGAGCCCCAGAGAAGAAAAAGCAGCCGGAAAAGAGACAGCGAAGUCUGAGGAGGUGAAGGUGGAGAGAGCAGGAAAUGAAGAGGAGGAGGCCAGACAAAGGAACCGAGACCCCAAGGGGCCGGUGGACGGAGCAGUGGGGGAGGCCUCACCAAGCCCCCCUGAAGGGGGGGAGGGCCCCCGCACCCCAGAGCAGAGCAAAGGUGAGGAAGGGGCCAUUCUGGAGCCCGGCUGCAACCCCCACCAUGAGGCCCCCAAGACCAAGCACCAUCCAUUCAAAAUGAGCGAUCUGAUCCCAUCAGCCUGGAGCUCUUCACCAGAUAUCCAACCCAGAGGCAGCAAACGGAGGAUAACACCCCUGUCCAGGACACUAAAAUGUGAAGAAGAGCUCACUGUGCCUAGUGAUGAGGCUGCUGCAGACAUCUCUUUUGAAGGAGAAGCAACAAGAGAAAGAGAAAAUGAAGCCAUCGCUGAAGCAGAAUUCGUGGAGGGUCUGGAGGCAGCCCGAAGAUAUAGAUUGCGUUGUUUCCCGUCUCCACGCCGAAUGUUCCCUCGCAAAGAUCAGUCCAAGGGCAGCAGGCUUUAAUCAGCUUGAGUUUGUGUCACUUGAUGGACUUGGUUUAAAAAAGAAGAAAAAAAAACUUAUUUAAAACAAUUUACUGCGGCGACAGCUCCCAGGGAUACUGGUCAACCUGUGGGGCCUGGAUCCUAUCCACAACCACCUGUCCCUGUGGCUGACCUCGGAACUGGAUUCUAAUUUAGCUUCUCAUAUUUUGUUUUGUGUAAAGCGAUAGCCUUUUUAAUGUUCUGAAGCUUUUAUGAUUCUCAGAUGGAAGUAAAAACUAAUUUCAGGUGCAGGAAACAAAAGAAAAUCGUGUUGCUGAAAAUAUAAAUCCCGUAAGUUACAGAAGACCUUAAAUUGUAUCAAGACCCUUGAGACAGCCUCUCAGCUUUGUCCAAAUUGGAGCAGGCCAACCAAUUUCUAAAGCCUUGGCCUGGAAGAGAUACUUAUUGCAACAUUAAAAAAUAUGUAUCUGUUCCAGCAAUAGGAACCUUUCCUGUCCAGGAGUUUUCAAGUGGCUGGUACACUGGGAGGUGACAGGCUCAGUCCAGUGGAGGCAGGGAGCAGAUCUCCUGGAGAAGCAGAUGCCAGGUGUCAUGGCCCUUCCUCAUCCUGAAAGCAGAGCAAGGAUACCUAAACAAUGCCUGGCCUCUGAUGUAGCCUGCGAGGAUGAAAUUUGCACUUUCAGAAGGAGAUCCUUGAGCACGGAGUCGAUGUUUCCCGGGAGGUGCUCGAGUGUCUGUUUUGAAAGGUACAUAACGAAAACAUCCUUCCUAGCUUCCCUGGGAAGCGGCUCUUGAAUCAAAGCCCAGACUCCCUUUCCGGACUCAGGAGGAGUGGGUUGGGUCUUCAGUCUGUUCUCACUGGGGAGCUCUGGCUUUAAUGUUGUGUGUGGAAAAUGCAAGGGGCUUUGCAAGGAACAGGGGCCUGACUACCCAUUCCUUGACUAAGCUCCUCUCCCCUCUUGAUGCAAAGAUGUUACUCCAAAUAAAUGUUUAAUCUUUAGGGUUGGUUCUUACCCAGAGUUGUGUAUUUCAGUGUCUCAUUGUGCAGCUGUGGCAGGUGGAGCAGCUGUUUCUCUGGAGGUCUGUUAGACCACUUCCUACCCCGACGUCAGAGUCGUCUCCCGGACAAAAAGGCCUUAUGUCACGGCUGGUACCUCAGCGUUCUCAUCCCAUUACAGUUUUCCUAGAACUCCGGGAUAGUGUUCAUACGUGGGAUAUAUAUUUUUUCAAAUUUUAAAUACAUGCAUCUUCUAAAAACUUGUAAA